AAAACCAACAUUGAAACAUCAUUAGAUUGUGAUUAGCGCCGUAAUAACCAUGUGGUACUGAGAAUUGAAUUGAGUGGAAAAGCAGAGCCUCCCUUUGCGUUUUCUUUCUUUUUUUUGGGGGGCUUGGGAUUGUGAAAGUGGAAAUGAGGACGUUGCAUUGACUAAGCAAAUCUUGCUUCGCCAUUAAGAAGUUCCAUAAAGUUGGCAACUUUAAAUUUAAGUGACCUUCCAAAGUGCUUGUAUAAAAUCGCCACCCCUCUCUCUCUCUCUUUCCCACGCUGAGUGGAAAUGGAUGACAAGGCAGGCAUGAAGAGAAGCGCUUCCGAGUUGGCGUUCGAGGAGUAUCUCAUGAAAGCCAUUUCCUCCUCACCAGAAUCCACCAUUGACACGAUCCCUUCAGACCCUUCGUCGUUUGAUUCCAAGAACAGGGAUUACACUUGUGGAUUGGAAGAGAGCCUUUUCUGGAUUGAGGGCAUAACUCCUCUUGCCACCAUUGAUGCCCAUUCAUCCAUCUGUGAGAAUCUGUCAGCUGAUAGCCCGUCGUCCACAAAUAAGCCCGAGGCAAGAGGAGAAGCUCGGAGAGCUGGGAGUGGAUCCUCCAAUGACCACUCUGACGAAGAAGAGGAUGCAGAGACAGAAGCUGGUCAAUCUGAACAGACCGAUGCUCCUAACGAUAUCAAACGUCUUAGAAGGAUGUUCUCGAACAGGGAAUCUGCAAGGCGCUCAAGGAGAAGAAAGCAAGAGUACUUGCAAGAUCUCGAGUCACACGUUGAGAAUCUGAGGGGCCAAAACUCAAACUUGUACAAGCAGCUAAUAGGCGCAACCCAGCAGUUCCAAAAUGCUGAUACAAGUAACAGAGUUCUUAAAUCAGACGUCGAAACACUUAGAGUCAAGGUGAAACUAGCUGAAGACUUGGUGGCAAGAGGGUCGCUCACAAGCAGCUUGAAUCAACUUCUUCAAACCCAUCUAACGCCAUCACCACCUCAACCAAUCAACACUCUGCGCUUUGCUGCGGGGAGGAAUCCCUCAACCACCGCCAUUACAGUCCAUGACGAGCAAUCUUCCAUUACCAGACAGAACUCAAGUCUUGGACUCUGUUGUAACAUACCCAGUGAUGAUAUUUGGCCAUGAGGCUUCUCCUCAGCAAAUGUGUGAUGACCCCUCGGCCAAAUCUCCUGUGCGGGUUUCUGUCUCACUAGAUAGAACUACAAGCAAAUAAAGUAAUGUCUUAUUUGUUUUAUAAAGAGAUUCAAGAUUAGUUCAAAGCUAAAAGCAGCUCCAAGAACAUUCUGACCCCAUAACCACAAAUGGUCAACUUGAACAAGGCAGAAAAAAGGUUCUGUUUU